AUGAUUUUCGCCUCUGUGAGAAUCGACAGAGACAUGUCACAUUUCAAAUAUCUAUUUGUGUCAGUGAUCGUGCCUAAUGGGGAGUGUCCGCUGCCCUUCCCUUCGAGUCGCUUUCUGCCGACCAGCAGCGACGUGCUGGAUCUCGGCGCGCGCCUUUUAGGCGAAGCUCACAGAGUGGAUCUGCAACUGCAAUGCAACGUCCACCACGCCUCAUUCUACAUGAUGACAGAAGAGGCUUGGUGCUCCUUUGUAGUCGAUGAAGCGGCACAAUUAGGGGUGGUGGUCGUCGGUGCCUUCAGCAUAAGCCCCGUGAGGUGGCGAGGCGCGCUAUGCGGCGUGGCGGCCUGUAGGGCUCCCACCGCGGGCCUCCGCACCGUAGCGCUACGCGUACUCAGCUCUACGGCAGUAGUACGACCCCUGCACGUCGUAGCCGAUGCGGUCCUCUUUCAUCCCGAGCACGUCAUUCUUCAGACACCUGAGAAAGAUUAUGACAUUUUUUCCGAGGGCGAUCCUACCUGCGCCCAUUACGUGCACCUCGGCACGGUAUUCCCUGAUCAACCGGUCUCCUCUAAUAUUCACCUUGUAAAUAACAGCUCGGUACCGUACCCGUAUUACUGGAGCGUUCGGCCUUGGGAUGAAAAAUUUAAUUCGAAAGAGAUGGGACGAUCAAGUGAUUUUCCAGAACAAAAUAUAUGCGAGAACGACCGAGAAGCGACCGAGUUGUUGCGCGUAGAGCAUGUGUGCGGCGUGGCUGAGGCGCGUAGCUCCGUACGCGUUCGCGUUUGCGCCUCGGCGGCGGGGCGGAAUCCGGGCGUCCGGCGAGCCGUGCUCAUGUUAAUACUGACCAAAGUUCCCCGGGAAUGUAUUACUUCCGAGUACGAACACAUGAUUAUGAGCAUAGAAGCCGUUGAGGAACGUGCAAUACCGGGACUUUGUGAGGCAUGGACACGCUCAGUGUGCCAAGUGCUUUGUGCACAAAUGGAAGUGUGGUGGGAGGUUGUGCCCGUAUGUUUCACACUGCAGCCACCCAUUGUGCACUUGACAUACUCCACCAGGGUGAAAUCGAUAGAGGUGCCAGUAGAAGUGACACAGUUGCAGGGCGCGUGCGGCGUACGCGUGGCGUGGUCUGGCGAAGAAGGCGUUCCACGCGUUCUGGCACUGUUGCCGUCUCGCACUGUUACCGGUACACUGCGAGUGCCUUUGCCAGAAACGUGUGCGGAGAUUUGCAAUACCGAAACUUACCAGCUGGAGUCAGUGGGCGGCGAGUGGGGAGCACGUUGUUACGUGAGCCGAUGUGGCCGCGCGCCCCUCGCCAAUUUGCAGCCGCUCAUUUGCUGGCUGAACACGCAGCCGCCGUCCGCUCAUCUCACCACGAAUCUUCACAUUAGCAACAACUCCACGGAUACAAUCAACUGGCACGUUGGUACAACCGAAUGGGGGACAAGGACAGACGACUGCCAGGCGCGUGACGUCAGCGCCUGCGCGUGUACGAGUCUAGCGCCAUCUAGUGGUGUGUUGCCGCAAGGCCACGUCCAGACCCUUACCUACAAGUGGCGUGCACCCCCACGCGAGGGUUGCAUUCUGAGGCUGGUCCAACUGCAACAGAAUGGACAGCAGGCGACACGGCGCGCAGCACUGAUCGGAUGCCGUGCGCUUGAGCCGCGAUUGCUAUUGCGAGUUUUACCCUACAGUGAUGAUGUCGGUACCGGUGAUCACGAACAUUAUUUACGUACUUUGUUCAUUCCUAAACACGUCGAUGUUGGCCCGUACUCUACAGUCGUAAUUGAGUUGUCGAGCACCGGUGCUCAUGCGGUGUCCUUCUCGCCUUCUCAUGGCUCUGCUGCGUCGUAUAACUCAGAUGAAUUGACGGCAGGUGACCCUCGAAGCUCUCGCGGUAUGCCGACGGCGUGUUUGGGCGCACCGUGCCAGCGUUCUGCACUCGCAAUCGUAUCUGUAUCUCUUGAUCGACACGGCAAUCGAUUAGUUGAGCCGCCACGGGGGGUGUAUGAAUGCCCUUGCUUUGUGCAUUCCGACACUGCGCCUUCAAAGAAACGAGAGCCCCUUUGUCUAGAAUUCAACAAUGUACCCAUUAACACGGCGGUCUUGCGGCAUCUUAUAAUACGCAAUGAGGGCAACCUGCCGGUGCAUUGGAGGGCCACCACGAGUCGAGGGACCAGCAUCCUAACUGCGGUUACACACCAAGGACUGUGUAUGCCGGAGGUAUCAGAAUCUGGUGUGAGGGUGAGGUGCGUCCCGGCGAAAGGUCGGCUAGGAGCUGGUAGCGUGGCUAGGAUAGAAGUCAGCGUGCUAGCCGGCACCUGGGGACUGUAUCGGGAACAGUUGCUUGUCCAGAUUGAAAACAUGGAGCCCGUUAUAUUAGAUAUAUGGAUCGAAGCCGUCGGAGGGCCUCUUCGGUUCUCGCUUAAACCUAAUGGGAAAUACGAUGACCCACCGGUUCUUUGGAUGUCCACGACGGAUCCAGAGCGUCAUCUCCACGUAACAAACACGUCAUGUGCUGACAUUUCCGUGUACAAUUUUGUGUUGAGAAAAAAUGAUCUUCCGCAACAUAAACUUCCAUUACGACUGUAUUUACGAUUUUAUGAUGGCCCAAAAGUGUUGUCAUAUGACGAUGGAUAUGUUUGCCAGGCUGGUUCAGGGCUGACGCGUCCCCACAGCGGGUAUGCCUCCGUGCGUUUGGCCGAGCUCGUCUCCAGAGUUCGCAAAUACUUCCGAGCUCUAAACGUCGGCGACGGAGUGCUGGCAGUUAGAGCGCUAACCGAAUCGCCCUGGAGCAUUUCGCUGCGAAAUGACAACUACACCGAAUGCGUUCCGAACUGUCGCGAGAAUUUACAACAAUUGCUACUAGAACUUGCGCCGCGAAGUUCCAUCGAGUUGUGUGCGGCGCUGCGUUUAUAUACGAGUGACGCAUGGCCAGCCUCAUACGAAGAAUACUCCUCGCGUAAAAUGACCACGAAGCAAAUUAACUUUUAUGACUUGGAUGAUGCAUUAUUGUUGACCAUGUCGUUACGCGUGCAUCUGGAGUUGCCCAUUCUGCGCAUCGUUCCCGCCGAAUUCGAUUUCGGGCCCGUCGCUCUCGGGGACACGAGAAAGACAUACUUCACCGUGUCGCACACCAGCUCUUUAACUUCAAUGGAAUUGCUGGUGAUCUACGAGGGUGACGAUGCGUUUACUGUGUCGCCAAAAAGCUUGACGCUUGCUCCCAAUUGCAGUGGUCGCUUCUACGUGCAGUAUGCUGCCAGCGGAAGGGUAGCUGAGGCGUGGGGCAAAGUGCGGGUAUGCGCGUUGGGUUUGAAGGGGUCGGGUGGAGUGACGGGGACAUUAGGGGUGACUAAGGUGCCCGGAGUAGAGGGGUGGUGCGCGGCUUACGCAACCCUCAGGGCGAUCAGCACGGCUGACAGGGCGCGCUCUUUGCCACCUCACGACUUCACCGACGACAGUUCACUUGUGCCAAAGGCCUUCAAG